GAGUUUUCAUGCCCAAACACACGCGCAUGCACAAACUCGUAGCAGCUCCAGAGUUCCGUGUCUCACUCCCUCAGUGUCUCACUCUCUCCGUGUUUUAAUCAGGAGUGAUCUGUAAUCCUCGGUGAUGGCGGCGCACGGAUCCUCUCCCUCUCCCCGGCCCUACCAGCUGAUAGUGUUCGGGGCCUCGGGCUUCACGGGCCGCUAUGUGGUGGAGGAGGUGGCGCGGAGCAGCGCGGAGGUUCCGGGGGGGAACCUGACAUGGGCCGUGGCGGGGAGGAGCAGAGACAAGCUGGAGAAGGUUCUCCAGGAGACUGCGCAACAACUCGGGACACCAGAGCUGCAGUCAGAGGUGGAAAUCAUUGUGGCCGAUGUGUCAGAGCCAGACUCAUUAGCUGCUAUGUGUAAACUGGGGCGCAUUAUUCUCAACUGUGUCGGACCGUAUAGGUUCUAUGGUGAGGCAGUGGUUAAGGCGUGUGUGGACAAUGGUGCUCACUGUGUGGACAUCAGUGGUGAACCCCAGUUUUUAGAGAGCAUGCAGUUGAAUUACAACAGCGCAGCGGCAGAUGCAGGUGUGUACAUCGUGGGAAGCUGCGGGUUCGACUCCAUUCCUUCAGAUAUGGGAGUCAUUUACACGCGGGAUCAAUUUAAAGGUACUCUGACAGCGGUGGAGAGUUUUCUGACAGCAAGUUCAGGACCUGAGGGAGCGUGUAUCCAUGAUGGGACGUGGCAGUCAGCUGUGUACGGGUUGGCGGAUAGUGCCAAACUAAAGGCCCUGAGGAAAAAAUUCAACCACAAACCGCUGCCUGUGGUCGGGGCCAAGCUUAAACGAAGGGGUCCUCUGUUCUACAGUACUGAGAUCCAGCAGUACACGAUUCCCUUCAUGGGCUCUGAUCCGUCCGUAGUGAAGAGAACUCUGCGCUUCCUGUCUGAGGAACAGAAAGAAACUCCAGUUCAGUACGGAGCGUACGUUGGAAUCGGGGGAAUCGUCUCCGUUUUUAAACUGCUCUUCGCCGGGUUCUUCUUCUCUCUACUCAGCCGUUUCAACUUCGGCAGAAAACUCCUCAUUAAAUUUCCAGAGUUUUUCUCGUUUGGAUAUUUCUCUAAAGCUGGACCAACCCGGAAGCAGAUGGAGGGAUGUUCAUUCAGUUUUGCGUUCUUCGGUGAAGGUUACACCGAAGGUCAGGAUCCGUCUCUGGGGAAACCCGAUGCUAAAAUCCGCACACUUGUCCAUGGACCAGAGCCAGGUUAUGUUGCGACACCGAUUGCCAUGGUGCAGGCAGCUCUCACCAUCCUCAAUGAACCUGAUGCACUGCCCAAAAAAGGUGGCGUGUAUACCCCUGGAGCCGCCUUCGCCAAGACCAACCUGAUCGAGCGACUGGAUAAACACGGCAUCCAUUUCUCAGUGCUGUGAACGGGAGCGAAGCGGAGCGGAACAGAGCAAGGCGGGGCUUCACGCAGCACGGCUUCAGUACUUCCUGUCAUUCGCUACUUACUCUGAUUAGCACUUAGUAUUAACGCUUACAUGCAGGGCAAAAGUCUCCUGCGGUACUUCAUUCUGAAAUGAGUCUAAUGAAAGACUGAAAUCAUGCUGUCCAUUUCACACUAAAAACCAGGCGAUGUGCAGCCGAACAAACACGCUGUAUCUGUGAAAUAUUUAGCCUGCUUUAACUGGGAUAGCUUUACAAUUUAUUGACCUGUUUGAAUUGUGGGGAAUUUAAAUGUCGGAAUUAAAGUGUGUGUGUGUGUGUAUGUUGUGUUGUUUUUUCCCCUCUCCCUUUUGCACUAAUAGAUUAAAGAGUAUGAAUAGAUUAAUAAAAAAAAUUAAUCACAGUUUUA